GCGCGCAGACCGACGCCCGCCGAGCCCCCGGCGCCCGUCCCGGACGCCCCUCGGCUACUCACCGUCCGUCGCCCCGUCCCGGGCCGCACCCUAGCGAGGCCGAUGAAGCUCCGGCUCCGGAGCCGGCGAAUCCAUGGCAGCGUCUAGCGGACGCGGAGUGGGUGAGGAAGUCACUCGCGGAGACCACAGCCGAUUCCUGGCUCUCAGCCGAGGUUUACCCCUAAAACCCCCGCGGAGCUGACACAUCAACAAAGAUGGCGGCGACGCCGAAGCCGGCGCGGCUACAGCUGAGAGGGCGGGGCUCCUUGAGGGAGCCAAUCAGUGCGACGCAGACCGCGUGACGCUAAGUACCUGGAGAACUGGAUUGCUGGUGUAUCCAUGAAGUGUUUGCGGGUAGAUCUAGCUGCUGCUGCUGACCUGUGAACUGAACUUCGGAUUUCCAUACAACCCAGUUGGGAUUCGCUCCAAAGAACCUUUUUAAACAGUCUUCGGAACAGCUCAUACUCCACUCUCAUCAGGAGUGAGUGCAUCAGACAAACUUCAGCGUCAUCGGGUACACUCCCAAUGACCCACCAGUGCUGCUGGAAGCUGCCAAUCAGGAUAAACUGCCACAGCCAUGGAGAGACAACCAAACACAAGGCUGGAUUGAGGCUCAGAAGAUGCAUAGAAGCAGGGCAGGAGUUCGAAUAAAUCGUGGGCUUCAGUUAAUAAUAGUGGUCUUGGACAUGUUCGUUAAGGAGAAACUGAUUAUGACUUCAUCAUGAGAGCUCUCUUUAUUCUAUAAAGACGUCAGUGAAUGUUAAGUUACAUCUAAUAUGAUGCCACGAAAUAAUUUGGAAGCCUCUACUUGUAAAAUGGCAGAACCAUUUAAUUUUGAGAAAAAGGAAAGCAAACUUCCACCCCACGAUUCUCUAAGAAGUCCUGUACCACAGCAUAACCAUCCCAAUUUCAGACUGAAAAGCCCAGAGAACGGAAAUAAAAAGAACAAUUUUUUGCUUUGUGAACAAAACAAACAGUACUUGGCUAGUCAGGAAGACAAUUCGGUGGUCUCUUCAAACCCUGCUGGUAUCAAUGGAGAAGUAGGUGGGUCCAAAGGAGACAGGAAGACAUUACCAACAGGAAACCCAGUAUCAUUAAGUCUUGGAAACAAUUCACCACCUAACCAAGUAAAAACUAAGCCCAGCAAUGCUGUGACUCCUGAAAAAUCAAAAAAAUCUCACAAGCUGUUUGAGAAUGCCUUGUCCGUAAAUAACCCAGCUCUCUUCAACUCGUUAGGACCGCCCCUGCGGUCCACAACCUGCCAUCGCUGUGGCCUGUUCGGGUCGCUGAGGUGUUCCCAGUGCAAGCAGACAUAUUACUGCUCCACAGCAUGCCAGAGGAGAGACUGGUCUUCCCAUAGCACCAUCUGUAGACCUGUGCAGCAAAGUCUGCAUAAGCUUGAAGAUAAUAAGUCACCAUUUGAAACAAAGACCAUUGACGUGAAGAAUGAGCAGGUUGCCUGUCCCCUGGGAGUUACUAAAGAAAUGACAGCUGGUGCAGAGAGAGUAAUGUUUUCUGAUCUGAGGAGUCUCCAACUGAGGAAAUCCAUGGAAAUAAAGGGCACAGUUACUGAAUUCAAGCACCCGGGUCAUUUUUAUGUCCAGUUGUAUUCCUCAGAGGUUUUAGAGUACAUGAACCAACUCUCUGCAAGUUUGAAAGAGACAUAUGCAAAUAUGGUGCCUGAAGACGGAUAUCUUCCUGUUAAGGGGGAAGUCUGUGUUGCCAAGUACACGGUUGAUCAGACCUGGAACCGAGCCGUAGUAGAAGGCGUGGACGUGCUGCAGAAGAAGGCACAUGUCUUGUACAUCGACUACGGAAAUGAAGAGAUCAUCCCAGUCGACAGAAUCCACCAGCUAAGCAGAAGUAUCAGCCUGUUUCCCCCUUCCGCCAUAAAGUGCUAUGUGUCAGGAGUCGUCCCCGCUGCGGGUGAGUGGACUGAAGACUGUGUUGUAGCUGUCAAGGCUCUGCUGUUCGAGCAGUACUGCUCUAUCAAGGUCGUGGACAUCUCAGAGGAGGAGGGGCUCACCUGUGCUGUCGACGUCGUGCUGCAGAGUUCAGGAAAACAGCUGGACCAUGUGCUUGUGGAAAUGGGAUAUGGUGUGAAACCUGAUGAGCCGAGCUCCAAGAAGCAAAGUAUGGACCCAGGCACUUCGGAGGACACUGGAAGACUGACAGCUGAGAACAGGAUCGGGGCAGAGAGAAAUGCCCUGGUCCCCACAGUGCUGACUUUGAAUGUGGGUGACGAGUUCUGUGGUGUAGUUGCCCACAUCCAGACACCAGAGGACUUCUUUUGUCAGCAGCUGCAGAGUGGCCACAAGCUCGCCGAGCUUCAGGAGUCCCUCAGUGAGUACUGUAGCCACGUGACUCCACGCUCAGACUUUUAUCCAACCAUUGGGGACAUGUGUUGUGCUCAGUUCUCAGAGGAUGACCAAUGGUACCGCGCCUCGGUUCUGGCCUAUGCUUCAGAAGAAUCUGUCCUGGUUGGAUAUGUCGAUUAUGGAAACUUUGAAAUUCUUAGUUUGAAAAGACUUUGUCCCAUAAUUCCAAAGUUGUUGGAUUUGCCGAUGCAAGCUUUAAAUUGUGUGCUGGCAGGAGUGAAGCCAUCUUUAGGAAUGUGGACUCCAGAAGCCAUUUGUGUCAUGAGGAAGGCUGUGCAGAACAGGAUGGUGACCGUGAGAGUGGUGGGCAUGCAGGGGACCAGGGCCCUGGUGGAGCUCGUAGACAAAUCGGUGGCUCCUCACCUCAGCGCUUCUAAAGCUCUGCUAGACUCCGGCUUUGCCAUCGAGGAAAAGGACAUAGUGGCAGAUAAAGGCAGCAGUGCGCGUGCCUCGAAUGUUCCCUUGGCUGUAGAAGGAGCAGUGGAGGUGCUGGAGUGGACGUGGGUCGAGUUCACCGUUGACGAGACUGUGGACGUGAUGGUCUGCAUGAUGCACAGCCCUGGGGAGUUCUACUGCCACUGUCUCAAAGACGACGCCUUAAAGAAGCUCGAUGACUUGAACAAGUCCUUAGCAGACUACUGUGCACAAAAACCGCCCAAUGGCUUCAAGGCAGAGGUAGGGCGGCCUUGCUGUGCCUGUUUUGCAGGUGACGGCAACUGGUACCGGGCUCUGGUCAAGGAGAUCCUACCAAGUGGGAACGUCAAAGUACACUUUGUGGACUACGGCAAUGUUGAAGAGGUUACCACAGACCAACUGCACGCAAUAGCCCCCCAGUUCUUACUACUUCCGUUCCAAGGGAUGCAGUGCUGGCUAGUAGAUAUACAGCCCAAAAACAAGCAUUGGACAAAAGAAGCCACAGCAAGAUUUCAAGCAUGUGUCGUGGGGCUUAAACUUCAAGCCAGAGUUGUGGAAAUCACGGAGAAUGGGGUGGGCGUUGAACUCACCGAUCUUUCCACCCCCUACCCCAAAAUCAUUAGUGACGUUCUCAUCACAGAACAUCUGGUCUUAAGGUGUGGUUCACCACAGAAGGACGAGUUGAUGAGCAGACCUGCUAAUAAACAUAACCAGAUCGACUCCCAGAGCGUGCAAGCCAGCCCUCCUGCAGAGCAGUGGAAGACCAUAGAGUUGCCAGUUAACAAGACUGUACCAGCAAAUGUACUAGAAAUCAUAAGCCCAACCUUGUUUUAUGCCAUCCCCAGUGAAAUGCCAGAAAAUCAAGAAAAACUGUGUGUGUUGACAGCUGAAUUGUUAGAACACUGUAACGCUCAGAAAGGCCAGCCACCCUACAGACCACGGACGGGAGAAGCCUGCUGUGCUAAAUACACAAAUGAUGACUUCUGGUACCGGGCCAUUGUUCUGGAAGCGUCAGACUCUGAUGUGAAAGUUCUCUAUGCAGAUUAUGGAAACGUGGAAAGACUGCCUUUUUCCAGAGUGCAGCCCAUCACUGCCAGCCACCUGCAGCUGCCCUUCCGCAUCAUUAGAUGCUCACUUGAGGGGCUGACGGAGCUGAACGGAAGCAGUUCGCAGCCAGUGAUGGAGCUGCUGAGGAACGCCAUGCUGAACCAGAGUGUGGCUCUCUCUGUGAAAGCAGUCUCGAAGAAUGUCCAUGCAGUGUCAGUUGAAAAAUGUUCUGAAAAUGGAAUGAUCAAUAUAGCUGAGAAUCUGGUGAUGUGUGGCCUGGCAGAAAACCUCUCAUCUAAAAGGGAAAGUGCUUCAACUAAAGAAACACCGCACAGCACCGAUUGCUGCUGCACAGAGUUACAGAAACAGAUUGAGAAACACGAACAGAUUCUCCUCUUCCUCUUAAACAAUCCAACCAACCAAAAUAAAUUUAUAGAGAUGAAAAAGCUGCUGCAAAGCUAAAAACAUCAUCCCUGGGGAAAAACACUCGGGAAGAAGGAGACCACAAAAGCCAGACUAGAGAAAGAAUUGUAUCUUGUGUUUGUUCGCUGGAACUGUUGCUUCCUCUCCUUUCCUUAGUGACCUUUGACCUCACCACCCCUACUUACUUACCUUGUUCUGUUGGGUUUGUUGCCCUCUCCCUGAUUCUUUCCACAAAAUACAUGAAUCUUGCAUAAGAGGUUCAUGUACUAGCUAGGCGUGGUGGUGCACACCUGUAAUCCCAGCCAUGAGCAGAAUGAGGCAAGAAGACCUCAAGUUCAAGGCCAGCAUGGGCUACAUAGAUAGUUUCUCAUUACAAACAAAACCAAACAUCAAGAUUCAAAAAAUGUAUGAGACGACUAGGAAGGAACAUGAGGUAUCUUCUACUAAGAGUGCGUGCAUGAGUGCGCGUAUGCGUGUGUGUGUGUGUGUAUUUGCUCUACUGAGUAUAGAAGCUAGAGCCUCCCGUGUGUUAGGCAAGCUUUCCCUCUGAGCUACAGUCCCAGCUCUAGCAUCUCGCUGUCCUUGAAAGGCUGGGUGGCUGCCCUGGGCGGGCGGGCUUCAGCAUGGUCUGAACAUCACAGGCCUCUGCUAAUGAGAUGCUCUUGGUCAUCUGCCGCCUCGUCCCCUGCUGGGAUCUGAUUGGUUCUUUGCUUCUGGGUGCCAUGCUUCCUUUGUGACUUGUGGCCAAGGAUGUGUGCUGCUGCUCUCAUCUGUGCUGAGACAGCUUGGCUUUUCAUCUUCGAUCACAGCUUCAGUCUUGGCACUAGGAGGACACUUUCUGCCCCUGCCCUCAGAGGCCCUCCUGGGAUUGUCUCACUAGUCUGUAGUCAUUCAGACUUAAGCUCUAGAAAUAAUUCACUAUUUUCUCAAACACAAACUCCAGAUAUCGAUUUAAAAAUGGAGAGCACAUUUGUCAUAGUUCAUGAUCACAGAUUGUCCCAACCUUAGCCAUGGGCAGCAGUGUGUGCCUUCCUGACAGUCCCAUAGUCGCUCUGGCAAUUGUCCCACGGUUUCAGUGCUGUGCGGCACUGUGACAACUUAAUACAACAUCCCCAGCACUGAUAUUGAUGUGGGUGGGUUUGUUCCAUUUCCUUUUACUGGCAAUGUGUGUCAGCUCUUCUGUUAAAUAGGACUUCUCACGUAAACAGUUGCUUGAAUGUUGAUGUGCCUCAAACAGCUAAGUUUGUCCUGAUUCAUCCAGUAAACUCACUUGUCUUCA